UUCCGGCGCGGCGAUGGCGGCCGGCGCGGCGGAGGCCGAGGAGGAGCUGGCGCACGCCGAGGUGCUGGAGCUCUUCCAGGCGGCGCUGGCGCGGCUGGUGCAGGACCCGCUGCUCUGCGACCUCCCGCCGCAGGUGACGGCGGAGGAGAUCGGCUCGCAGGUGGCGCUAGAGUAUGGGCAGGCCAUGACGGUGCGGGUCGUCAAGGCGGACGGCGAGACCAUGCCCGUGGUGGUGGUGCAGAACGCCUCGGUGCUGGAGCUGAAGAAGGCCCUGCGGCGGCACGUCCAGCUGCGGCAGGCACGGCAGGGCGGCGUCCAGCACCUCAGCUGGAAGUACAUAUGGAGGACGUACCACCUAACCUAUGCCGGAGAGAAGUUGGCAGAUGACAAGAAGAAGUUGAGAGAGUACGGCAUCAGAAACCGGGAUGAGGUCAGCUUCAUAAAGAAGCUUCGAAAGUAACCUGUCAGAGAGAGCAGAGAAUCCAGCUCUACCAGGACCAGACUGUGGAUUCAUCACUUUCCUGGAGGAAAAGGUUGUAACAUUUCGAAGAGAAACAAACUCCAGUUGAACGGACAUUCUUACUUGUUUUUUGCAGUUGCUAUUUGAAAUGCCGGCCUCUGAGCUGUUUGUGGAAUUCACUUGCAGUGAUUAAAGAGACACUCUAGUUCA